GUUUUCUACCAUCAUCUAGUCUGUGCUCUUUCCAUGGCUCAUGCCUUCCAUUCCGAUUUGGCGAGGAGUAGAGAUGACAACAUUCAAAAGGCACAUCAACGCGAGUUGGCGAAGAAGGACCAUCAAUUGAGUACGUGGAAACAAGGUUAUGACACACUGUCCAAAACACUUUACGACGAGAGAAACGGUAGUGAACGACUCGCAAGGAUACUCGGAUUUGAUACUGUUGGUCAAGCGCUUCUUUACAUCAACUCUGAAAGCGACAAGAGUCCCACAAAGUAUCGGGAAUGUCUAGAGAGGAGUACAAUGCUCCAAAGUGAGCUGAAGAGAGACUUGGAAGAGAUCGCUUCAAAGAAUAGGAUUCUCCAGCAGGAGCUCGAGACUCGAUCGCACCAUGUAAAUUAUCUGGAAGCUGAGAAAAGGUUGUUGGAAGCGAAAUACGAUGACCUGGAAAGGACGUACAAACAAGUUACAGUGAAAUACGCCAAAGAUCUUGAGAGAUUCGAGAAAUGGAAGAAGUGGCUGUGGCAUGAAGUAGAAACGGACAACGACCUCGACGAGAACAGUCGGGCGAAGAAAUGGGCCAUGACCUUCAUGCACAGACGCAAAAAGUUAACGGAGAAAGGUACUGGAACCUUCGAUGAUGAUGUUCCGGAGUUGGUCGAUCGCAGUGUCAUGGAGACACCAAAACCAUCCACUAAACGUUCUAAAACGUCCACUGUGCCCACUCCUUCCCCUUUGACAACUACGACGAAAACAAAUUGCGAAUCCUCUCCGACCGUUAUGGUCCCGUCGCCCUGCGCUCCGGGUAAAAUAUCGGCAUCCAUACCGAACGUUCAAGUGACCCCAGUGAAAGACUUUCAAACCUUCGAUACUGAAGAUAGUUCUCAAGACAAACAAGCAUCCCACACCUCUGAUUCUGCAACGGAAGAUGAAUCCUUUCCUGAUUCCGUUCGAGUUACACCACCUAAAUCCGUCUUUUCUCCAAGUGCUCAAUCGAAAUACUUAAAACGCACCCAACAUAUCACGACUAACACGGAACGUACGGAUGGGGAGUCACGGUAUUCAGACUCAAACGUACCACUCUGGGGCUUUGAGCCUCCGCUGAAACGUAGGAAGGUGACCGAGAGUUCUCAUCUUUUGGAAGGAAGUGACACACCAUCUGGCUCUGGCCAAAGAGAGGACCGCGAAGACCCUUUCAACGCGAAAGUAACAAAACAUAAACCGAGCGGGCAGGAAAAGGGGAUGUCGAUGUCCAUAGAUCGAGAGAAUAAGGCGCCAGCGGAAACCGCAACUUCCUCCCCAAACCAAAUGCCGCACCCUCCAACAACCACUGCCAGUACUUUAAAGAAAUCGAGUGACUACUCCGCUUACAAAGGGCGCGGACGUUAUGCACCCGUUGAGGUUUCGAACGACGAGGACAGACCACUAAAUGAACUGUUUGUUGUCGAUGCGAACCAGAAUCAGGGGCUCGAUUACGAGUUUGACAAUGUGGUCCGAGGAAAAGAGAGGAAGCGGUUAUUGGCGGGGGAUUGCGAGGAGUGUCGAGAGUAUUAUGAAGCCAGUGGCCCGAAACCACCUCGUCUUCAACCACCUCCCUGGAGAUCUCCCGCUUCGUCUCCUGUGAAAGACACUAAGAGGACCUCGUGUCAUCACAAAGGGAAAGGGAAAGGGAAAGGGAAUACCCCUGAAACAAUGCCAGAAUCACCCACACCUCAAAGGCGUAUGAUUGAUUCACACAGACAAGAGAUAUCUCGCCAUCGGGCUCAAUGGGAAAGAGGGAAGACACCUCCUGGUUAUUGGGGUAUUGGGUUCCCAACUACACAGGAGGUGCAAGAUAUCAAUGAGAAGGCAAAGGAGAUCCAUCGACAAAAGUUCAAAGCGGUGCAGAGGGAGGCGUUGAAUGGGAAUGGAAGAUAUAGGCGACGGUAAACAUGUGGGUUGGUGAUUUUUUGUUUUCUGCGACGUUGUUGUGUUCCUUCAUGAACACUCGGAUACAGAACCAUGUAUUACUGCGGCUUCUUGGAUACCUGACCAGCGCAAUAACUCUUAUUUCAGUCAGCUACUACAUACUUGAAAUUAUGUGGAGUUGUCUCCUUACCAGGAUGAGGGGAAGCUGUACAUGCCAAAUACCUGGCGUAGGACAACGCGGCGUGUUACCGAUUACCUAUCCCGGCCCUAUCCCAGCAUGCACUGUGGCUUGUUGCACUCAAAACGCACAGCCGGAACCCUAGAGUUCAAGAAGCCUUCUCCCACUAAUAUUGCAAGGUCCAACAACUGGCUUACGAGCAGGAAAAACCA